AUGGACCUGCUUGAAUGGAAGAGCAGCCGCACCACCCUCCUGGUGGAACUCUCCAUUGAGGCCAGCCGAGGGCUGAGCUACCUGCCAGGGGAGCACCUUGGGGUUUUCCCAGGCAACCAGCCAGCUCUGGUCCAAGGCAUCUUAGAGCGAGUGGUGGAUGGCCCUGCACCCCACCAACCCGUGUGCCUGCAGACCCUCGACGAGAGCGGGAGCUACUGUGUCAAGGACAAGCGGCUGCCCCGCUGCUCACUCAGCCAGGUCCUCACCUACUUCCUGGACAUCACCACCCCCCCAACCCAGAUGCUGCUCUGAAAGCUGGCCCAGCGUACGAAAGAGGCCGAGAGGCAGAGGCUGGAGACCCUGUGCCAGCCCUCGCAGUACAGCAAGUGGAAGUUCACCAACAGCCCCACCUUCCUGGAGGUGCUGGAGGAGUUCCCGUCCCUGCGGGUGUCUGCUGGCUUCCUGCUCUCCCAGCUCCCUAUUCUGAAACCCCAGGACUACUCCAUCAGCUCCUCCCGGGACCGCACACCCACGGAGGUCCACCUCACUGUGGCCGUGCUCACGUACCGCACCCGAGAUGGCCAGGGUCCCCUGCCCCAGGGUGUCUGCAGCACAUGGCUCAGCAGCCUGAAGCCCCAAGGCCUGGUGCCCUGCUUUGUGCGAAGUGCCAGCGGCUUUCAGCUCCCCGAGGACCCCUCCCAUCCUUGCAUCCUCAUCGGGCCUGGCACGGGCAUCGCCCCCUUCCGCAGUUUCUGGCAGCAGCGGCUCCGUGACACCAAGCACAAAGGGCUCCAAGGUGGCCGCAUGACCCUGGUGUUCGGGUGCUGCCACCCAGAUGAGGACCACCUCUCUCGGGAGGAGAUGCUGGAGGUGGCCCAGAAGGGGGUGCUGCAUGCGGUGCACACGGCCUAUUCUCGCCUGCCUGGCCAGCCCAAGGUCUACGUUCAAGACAUCCUGCGGCAGCAGAUGGCUGGUGAGGUGCUCCGCGUGCUCCAUGAGGAGCACGGCCACCUCUGUGUCUGCGGGGACGCGCGCAUGGCCCAAGUGGCCCACACCCUGAAGCAGCUGGUGGCUGCCAAGCUGAGCCUGAGUGAGGAGCAGGUCGAGGACUAUUUCUUCCAGUUUAAGGCAGAGCGCCUGGUGUGUGGGCUAGGGAUGGAGGUCAAGGGCACGGGCCAGGGAGCCGGGACUCGAAAGUCUGGCUCAGAACAGUCCUGGACCCAACGGAAUCCUAGAGGCGGCUGGAGGUCAGAGCUGGACGGGCAGUGA